AUGGAGGCGGAAGCUUCCACAAGCUCAGAGUUCCCGUUGGAGGAUUUCGUUGACCUCCCCUGGCACCUUCAGAAGGCUAUAGUAUCGGAGCUGUCUGCCUCCGAUCUAAUCCAUUUUUCCCGAGCCCACCCUCAUUUUGAGCAGCUUGUAAAUGACCGCCAUAAGUGCUGGGACCACAUCAACCUCGAUGGAGAUUUGCGUGUUGAGAGGACUUUGCCGUCUGGCCGCAUCCAACGGCGACUAUGGGAGUAUCAGAGCGGGGAUUUUCAUCCACUGCGGCAGCGUGACAUCACGAAGCGCCAGACAACGCCAACGAUGACUGUCGUUUUCUGCAAGGGCAACGAGACAGCACGCGAUGAGGAUGCGGCCGUGGUGCUCCGGAAUGCCACAGUUAAACAGUUGAACUUCCUUCGGGAUACCCACUUGGCCCCAGGGCUACGCGUUGGCUUCCUCCAUCGACCGGGUUUCGACACAAUCGACGAGCUACAAUCAGUAAUUGGCAAACUAAAGUGCACCGGUCUGGGCAUUUAUUCACUCACGUUGCAAGGCAGCACCACCGACGCGGCAUUGAUCGACUUCUUCCUCAGGAACCCGCAACUGACAACCAUUUCCUAUGACGUAGCCGGUCAAAGUUAUUUGCAUCUUCUUUCUCAACUCUAUCAACCGAAGCAAUGGCUGAAGAUCCAUGGGCAUACAAAUGGCGUUCAUGACGUCCUGUUCUCGAUUACUGACACCAUCAUUCGGCAAUGGGAGGCUAAGGAAAGAGAAAUUGAUGCGUGGAUGGUGUGUCUCGCUAAUGGAAGUGAAUGGGGAGACGACGAGUUCGAGAAUGUGCUAAACUUUGAACUCAACGAAAUGGCUCGUCGCCUCUCGUACGGCAGCUUGGGCUGCUUCGAGAAACGCGACGACAUCGAUCCCCGUUUCCGCUUGAUCCGGCGAGAAGAUGGCACUGGCCUCCUGAUCAUGACCGGGGGACUGUCGAUUAUUCUGAUCUCAUGUGACUAUCAGCUUCGACGCGCUCGCGGACUAGGUAACGGCAGCAAGAUUCGAGAAUUUUACAACGCCUUGUCUACCCUAAUGUACCCGUUGCGCGCAGCCGAGACUCAAAUCUGGCAAUUGGAGAAGUUUGGACGACCGCCGAAGAAGCCAGAGGCCAAGGAGGUUGUCGAUCAGGAUGUCUUUGCAAUUUUUGGUGACCUGGAAGUGGGGAGGGAGGUCGAUGCGGAAGAGACUGAGGAGCAGCCAGAAGUGCCAGAACGAGAUCUAAAAAUGGAGGCUCUGCUUGUGGAUCGCCAGAAGGCCAGGGACGCAGUAGAGACUGCGAUCCGCGAGCACCUUGCUGAAUUUGGCAAGCUCUCCGACCGAGAACUGGCCAUCGACACGCUUUUCUUGGGCGGUGAUGAGGUUCCGCAGAUUAAUCGCUACCUGCUCGAUCAUCUUUUUAAUAAUGGAUUCGAGCCUGAGGGGUACCCGAGCAAGUAUUACUUUGCCGAGUGGCACAUGCGGAUCGGACACGAGCUCGUCGGCUACUACAAAAAGCACGGCGUCAUUCCUAACUAUUUUUGC